AGGAUCCCGCCCAUCCCCGUUACUCUGACAACACAAAGGACUUCACGGAACUCACAAGUUCCGCCCACAUUUCCAAAUAAGGGCAGUCUGUCCAUGUACGGCAAACAAUCGGUACGAGAUUGCCCUUUUCUCUUCCUUAUCCAGUUUAUAUGAUCGGAGAGGAACUGCGCUUCAGGUUGGAAGCGGUGCGAUCAUGGCCGAGCGAGUCCAGCCGCCAGCCAAGCGGCUCUGCAGCCGGCCCGGCUACAAUCCGGCAUGCAGGCAGGGGCAGCGGGCUGGAGGAGUCCUGUGUGGCGGUGCAGGGUCCGCUCCGGGAGGAUCGGGAAACGGAAAAACACACAACCCCGAGUCGUUACUCGACAUCGCGGCACGCAGAGUCGCGGAAAAGUGGCCGUUCCAAAGGGUGGAAGAACGUUUCGAGAGGAUCCCGGAGCCCGUCCAGCGGAGGAUCGUAUAUUGGUCAUUCCCAAGAAGCGAGAAGGAGAUCUGUAUGUAUUCUUCUUUCAACGCCGGAGGAGAAGAAAGUGGAACUAGCGGGGACAAUAAUGACGAGACCCAGCUGCCUUUCCUACGGGGUGUCACUCUGCUAGAGGGUGGCUGGGUGGACAACGUUUUGCAAGUCGGUUUCCAUCUGAGUGGCACUGUGACGGACCCCCCUACACCCUCAUCCCCAGAGCUUGUAUGCAGCGUCAGCGUCAGCUUCGACCGCUGCAAGAUUACGGCAGUAACAUGCACCUGCGGAAACAAAGACAUCUUCUACUGCGCCCAUGUAGUAGCGCUGUCGCUUUACAGAGUACGGAAACCCGAGCAGGUCAAACUGCAUCUGCCCAUCUCAGAAACCCUGUUCCAGAUGAGCAGAGACCAGCUGCAGAAGUUUGUCCAGUACCUGAUAUCAGUUCACCACACCGAGGUACUGCCCACCGCGCAGAAACUGGCUGAUGAGAUUCUGUCGCAGAACUCUGAGAUCAACCAGGUCCACGGGGCCCCGGAUCCCACAGCUGGAGCCAGCGUGGAUGAUGAGAAUUGCUGGCACCUGGAUGAGGAGCAAGUUCAGGAGCAAGUCAAACUCUUCCUGUCCCAGGGAGGAUACCACGGCUCAGGCAAGCAGCUGAACCUGCUCUUCAGCAAGGUAAGGGAGAUGCUGAAGAUGCGUGACUCCAAUGGAGCGAGGAUGUUAACACUGAUCACAGAGCAAUUCAUGGCCGACCCUCGGCUGGCGCUGUGGAGACAGCAGGGCACCACCAUGACCGACAAGUACAGACAACUCUGGGAUGAGCUGGGUGCCCUGUGGAUGUGCAUUGUACUGAACCCCCACUGUAAACCAGAGCAAAAGUCGUCAUGGCUGCGCCAGCUGCGCAGAUGGAACAGUGUGGACGUCUGCCCUUGGGAGGACGGUAACCAUGGCAAUGAGCUGCCCAACCUCACCCACUCACUGCCUCAGGGUGCUCAUGGCAACCAAGAGAUGCGGCCCCACAGGACUGUGUUCACACGAGCCAUCGAGGCCUGCGACCUGCACUGGCAGGACCGACACCUCCAGCACAUUAUCGCCAGCGACCUCUAUGCCAACUACUGUUACCAUGACAACCAAGAGGGCUCCCUCUUUGAUUCACGUGGCUGGCCUUUAUGGCAUGAACAUGUUCCAACAGCCUGCGCUCGGGUGGAUGCCCUGCGUUCGCACGGUUACCCCAGAGAAGCCCUCCGACUUGCCAUCGCUGUGGUGAACACAUUACGAAGGCAACAGCAGAGGCAAUUGGAGCACUUUCGACGGCACAAAAAAGAGUUGCUUCAUAAAGGCCAUACCUCUAUAACCAACAUGGAGGGCUGGGUGGGACACCCUCUGGAUCCCAUUGGUACCCUGUUCAGCACCCUGACAGAGUCAGGACGAGCAGGCGAGGAAGGGUCCAACACUUGCUUAGACCUCUCAGACUGUUCCAGUGUUGUGAGCCGAGCAGACCUCCAACGAAUGCCCGUGCAGCGAUUACUUGGAGACGGUGAAUCAUAUGUGGCGCUGGCGGUGGAGACGGCUCUGAUUGGCUUAGGCCAGCAGCGGGUAAUGCCCGAUGGGCUGUAUGCUCAAGAAAAGGUGUGUCGCAAUGAAGAGCAGCUAUUGGCCAAGCUGCAGGAAGUGGAACUGGACGACUCCUUGGUCAAAAUCUUCCGUAAACAGGCUGUCUUUCUACUGGAGGCUGGUCCAUACUCUGGCCUUGGAGAGAUUGUCCACAGAGAGAGUGUCCCCAUGCACACCUUCGCCCGCUAUCUCUUCACCUCUCUCCUACCUCAUGACGCUGAACUAGCGUACAAAAUUGCACUGAGAGCCAUGCGGUUGCCAGUUUUGGAGUCCACGGCUUCGUCCGGUGAUCUCUCUAGGCCUCACCACAUCGUGUCCGUAGUUCCCAACCGUUACCCGCGCUGGUUUACCCUGAGCCACAUAGAGUCUCAACAGUGUGAACUGGCCUCUACCAUGCUCACUGCUGCCAAAGGUGACAGUCGCCGGCUGGAGACAGUCCUGGAGUCCAUCCAGAAAAACAUUCACUCCUCUUCCCAUAUCUUCAAACUGGCACAGGAUGCGUUCAAGAUCGCUACGCUCAUGGACAGCCUGCCUGACAUCACACUUCUCAAAGUCUCCCUGGAGCUGGGACUGCAGGUGAUGAGAAUCACUCUGUCCACAUUAAACUGGAGGAGGAGAGAGAUGGUGCGCUGGUUAGUCACAUGUGCCACUGAAGUCGGUGUGUAUGCACUGGACAGCAUCAUGCAGAGCUGGUUCACCCUCUUCACCCCCACAGAAGCCACCAGUAUUGUGGCCACCACAGUCAUGUCCAACAGCACUAUCGUCCGCCUUCACCUGGACUGCCACCAGCAGGAGAACUUGGCUUCUUCUGCUCGCACCCUCGCCCUGCAGUGUGCCAUGAAGGACCCCCAGAACUGCGCCCUGUCUGCUCUUACACUCUGUGAAAAGGACCACAUUGCCUUCGAGACAGCCUACCAGAUUGUACUGGAUGCGGCAGCAACAGGAAUGAGCUACACACAGCUGUUCACUAUUGCACGCUACAUGGAACACCGUGGGUACCCAAUGAGAGCGUAUAAGCUGGCGACGUUAGCUAUGGCUCACCUAAACCUGAGUUACAACCAGGACACGCAUCCAGCCAUCAAUGACGUUCUGUGGGCCUGCGCGCUCAGCCACUCACUGGGUAAGAAUGAGCUGGCUGCUGUUAUCCCCUUGGUGGUCAAGAGCGUGAAGUGCGCCACCGUGCUCUCUGACAUUUUGCGGCGAUGCACACUGACCACGCCGGGCAUGGUGUCGGCGCUGCACAGCCGCAGGAACUCUGGGAAGCUGAUGUCGCUGGAUAAAGCGCCACUCAGGCAACUGUUGGACGCAACCAUUGGGGCCUACAUCAACACCACGCACUCGCGGCUCACGCACAUCAGCCCGCGCCACUACAGCGAGUUCAUCGAGUUCCUGGGGAAGGCCCGGGAGACUUUCAUGAUGGCUCACGACGGACACAUUCAGUUCACACAGUUCAUAGACAACCUGAAACAGAUCUACAAGGGCAAAAAGAAACUAAUGAUGCUUGUGAGGGAGAGGUUUGGCUGAGGGUUGCCAAAUGCCCCCUGUACCCCCUGCCUCCUACUCUAGUACUUUUAUAUUAACUUGAGUCUGCCUUUUGAACUUAUUUUGGACUAAUAGACAAGUAAAAAGAGGGAUGUGACUUGUAGAAUGAAGCAAAAAGAGAAAGGAAAAGAUGACAAAAAAUCAAGAGCCACAUGCGGUAUUAUUGUUCUUGCUGUUGUUAUUGUUAUAAACAUUAUUACUAUUAUUAUUAUUAUUAUUAUUAUUAAUAUUAUUACUACUAUGUGUACAGAAGUGUUUUUAUUUUUCAGAGGAGAGGAAAUUUGUCACAUUGUGAAUGUUGUGUGUAUUUCUCUACAUGUGUGCGAGACAAAAAUGAAAAGUGAAAUGGCUUUUUAAAAUUUUUGUUCCUUUGUUUUUAUGAUUUAAAGUCCCCCCCCCCUACCCUUUUGAGUGUAUAUUGAGUUACAUGUUGUCGAGCGGUUAAAGCCCUUGUACAAUAGCGCUCAUGUAAAAACAAAAAUGGAAAAACAAACAGCAAAAAAAAAAAAAAAAAAAGGAAAAAAAAAAAAAAAAACAAACAAACAACAACGUCUCGGCAUCCUCAAAGAGAAACUAAGGCUUUAAACCACACAGCACCUCCCUCUGUCCAGGCCCCCCGCUGAUGGGCGCUGGGCAGCACUGCACAGCUUAGCUCGGCUCGGCACAGCUUGGGUUAGCACUGACAGAAAGCCGCCAUCAGCAUUUUUUCCUACAUAGCAGCAGCAGAUCUUGAGCAGCCGUUAGCUUUCUUUGAGUUCCAGGCAUUAGCUCCAUCACACUAACUUAUGUUGUUGUAGGAAAACUUACCCACCUCCAUGAUAAUGAGUACCUGAUGCAGAUCGAGGACAGUAUGCAGGCCCUGCAGUGAUGACACAUUAGGAAAAGACAAUUAGUAUUAUUGCUUUAUUAAAGUAAUGUAGUACCGCUGUUAUAUGUUUUUUUAAACAGCCAAGAUUUGACUGAUUUUGUUGAGUUUUCUAGUUGAAACGAAUACCCAGAGGAAGACAACUACCUCACGAUAUGGUAUUGAACCUGCUCCCAGUUGUGCUGUCAUAAUAUUUAUGGUCUAUGAUAGCUGACAGUCUUAAUUGAAAAUGGGUUUUACUGUUGAGACCAACGUUAAGAGAAAACUAAGAGUCAGCGUUCGUGUGCUCGGCUCUGCUGUACAUCACUGCCCUGGCAUCUGUACUCUUACACCCAAGCUAUACCAACACCCAACACUCAAAAGAUGUGUCGGCCCCCUCUUUCAUCUCUACAACCAUCACUGCAUGGUAUCGUCAGACUAGGCCAGUGUCACUUCCCUCUGUGCAUGUGAAUCAAGGAAAUUAGACUUUCUACUGUUAUAGUUCAUUGUGUGGAACCUUCCGUAACCAGAACGUUCUCAGGGAUUUCUCUACGCAGGAAAAAAAGGCGGAACAAAUGAACGACUGACUACAAGAAAAAGACAAAAACAUGUCACAACAUGAGCAAGCAUUUAUUGUACUCUGUAUAUAUGCCAUAGUAUAUGUCUGAAUAUGGAGGAUCUGAAAGUAUAUGUUAACUAAUUUAUACAGAGUAUUCUAUGUAAUGUGAAAUACUUGAAACCGCUGUAGUUUGCUCUCUCUGGCUCUCCAUUUCUUUCUCUCUUUUUUCUUCUCUUUUUUUCCUCUUUUUUAUUUUAUUUUUUUUAAACAAAACAUAUCAGAGGGACUGGAUUUACUUUGUUGACAGCUUUUUGGACUCACAAGGCCACAAGUGUUCAUAAUUGAGAUGCUGGAUCUCGUCAGAAAUGCAGGUUUAGUCUCAUCAGUGGCAGAAAGGAACAUUGUGGCUCAUUCCUGCUAUCUGAAGCAUUGAAAGGAGAGGGAGGUAGACUACUUCAGGCUUUUGGUUGAUUGAAUGGUUGAAAAUACAAAACAGGAUUUUCCUAAAAUACUUAUGCAUGUAAGCUGUUAUAGUAGCCUAGUUUUCCAUGGAAUCCUUUUGGAAAAAAAUUAUGAUUUGCUUUAUACAGGAGCUUAUUGGAGAUGAAUCUGGUUUAAAAUGGUGUGUGUUUAUGUGCAUUUAAAGAAAACUCCAGGCUGCAGUCUGUCUCAUUUUGCAAAGAGUACAACCAUUGCCAGAGUAACCUAAUAGUUGCAACCAAGAUAAGCAAGAUUCAUGUUGAUAAUUUUGCACAGGUUCAAAACUUCAGUGUAAUCAAGAUGUUAGAAAUCAAGUCUCCUCAGUUCUCCCUUUUUUCACUGCAAAACUUCCAGUGGCUUUUCAGCAAUGUUCAGCUGUCCUCUUGUUAUAUGCUUUUUUUUUCACCUUAGUUCUAAUUUUUCAUUUUCCGUGCAACUAUUUCUAUCUUGUCUUGAUUAAAGAUAAAAGCAGCCUUUUCUCUUGCCUUGUCUUAACGCUUUAAAGUAACCAAACAGAAGAUCUAUCUAACAACCAAACGCGUUUUAAAAGGUGAGAGACAACCAACUUUGGUCCCAGCUUUAGUGUCCUUAAUUAGUAAGUGAGUGGCUGUGUAACUCAUGCUUUAACAAAGCAAUUCCUCACGUGUGUUUGAUGGAAAAGAAUACGUUGUCCAGUGUCUCUUGUUCUCUUCGGAAACAAUUUCCUCUUGAGUCUUUCUAGCUGUUUUUAUUUUUUUGUUUGUGUAGGAAUCUUCUGCUCUCCCUUUUUAUUUAUUACAAUGACCCAUGUAUACAUGCUUAUGAAAUUAAGAUUUGAUACACCGAUAUCAAUUUAUUUAUGUAACUAAAUCACUGUUUUAUAAUCUUGUUAAUGAGUCAAUAAUUGAUUUUUUUUUUCUUUUGUUUUGGUUUUUUUGUUUUAAUAAAAGUUAGUUUUUUGAAAUGUAAA